CCGAGAUAAAAGUAGAAUGCUAAAAAAAUGCGACUGUUAUGUCGAGUCCGUCGAGUGUCGAGUGUCGAGCAUAUGUGCUGACAUAAAACAGAAACGAACGUUGCCAUCCGUAUCAGAACUAUCAGCAGAACACAUUAUACACAAAUUUGCGGUAAUGUGUGCAGAUAAGAACCUUUACAUUGGAGUCGACCUGGGUGGCACUAAUGCCAAAGCUGGCGUAAUUACAUUAGAAGGCGAGCUUGUGUGUCGCAAAGACCUCCCAAUCACAGACUUAGAAGAGAACGCUGUCGCAGAAAGACUAGUAGAGUGUAUUCGAGAAGCGUUAAAGUCAUGCAACCACACACUUUCCGAAGUUGCAUGCAUUGGCGUAGGGUCUCCAGGAGGGAUUAGAGAUGGCCUGGUUACAAGCGCAGCCAAUUUCCCUUUGUGGAAAGAUGUUCCGCUCGCACAGAUGAUCAAAGAUCGAUGUGAGGGUGUUACUACAAUUCUUGCAAAUGAUGCUGAUGCUGCGAUUGCCGCAGAAGUAUGGGUAGGAGCUGUAAAGAAACACGGUGCUAGAAAUAUGGCUAUGUGGACGUUGGGCACAGGCGUUGGGUUUGGUGUAGUGAUUGAAGGCGCCGUUGUCAAGGGUUACUCGGGAUUAAUUGAAGGAGGACACGCUAUCGUUGUUCCCGACGGUGACCUGUGUGGGUGCUCGCAAAAGGGUUGUAUAGAGAUGUACGUAUCUGCGUCGAAUGUGGCUCGUAUCGCCAAGGAGGCAGCACGGAAACCUGGGGCUAAGUCAUGCCUGCCUGUGGGUGAUUUCGGAUCGUACGAAGUGUUCCAGGCAGCGGCAAAGGGAGACGAGGUGGCCAAUGCGGCGAUCGACCAAGCGGCGGAUAAGCUCGGCAUGAUGAGUGUCAAUGUGUCGAGAUUCCUAGACGUCGAACUAAUAGUGUUCGCCGGAGGAAUGACCAAGGCCGGCGAUAUCCUACUCGAGAAAAUCCAAACUGCUUUCGACAAGUACACUUGGACCAAGCUGCCCAAUAAUGCAAAGCUAGUAUAUGCCGAGGUGGGCGAGGACUCUGGCGUUAUUGGUGCCGGGGCGAUGGCUAAGUUACAUGUGACUGGCGAAAUCUAAGUGCCAGAAUGCAGUCGAAUAAUAUAGUUGAAAAUAAGUGACAGAAACGAACCAUGAACAUAGGUACGCUAUAAUUAGUACUUCACACCGAAACGCGGAUGUCAGAUAAAAGGCACAUACAAAACAGUACGUGUACCAACUCUUGUGAGAACUCUGUCAAAGUCCAUAUAUAUAUCAGUCGUUAAAGUAUUCCUAGAGGAUAAUUGUAGAUAAUUUACGCAUAGGAAUGGUCUAGUUAAGUAAUUCCGAACUUGGGUCAAAGAAUGACGGCUACAGAGACAGCAUUGUUGCUUUCUCAUGAAAAACACGCUGCGUUCAAAAUAUCACUCACGGCACGCAUGCGUACACAUAAUUCUACGUUAGUUUGUAUAUCCAAUAGUAGUGCGUAUACGUGUACAAAUCUAACCACAUAUGAAAAUUCUGAUAGUCAGUUCAGAGCCUGUCAUUGUUGCGAGUAGGAAAGAGAAAAAGUGGACAUUAGAGCGGAAUAAAAUCGAUCGCGUACACAUACACGC